GUGGCGACGGAGGUGGAGACUGCCGAGUGGUGGCAGCGGCGGCGGCGUUGACGCUGUAGCAUCCCUGCCUCCUUCUCCGCUGUAGCCACCGUUGAGCCCAGCCGCAGAGGCCAGGUAAAGCAUCCUUCCUCUCCCGCAAGUGGUGAGUCUAAAAGCUGGGAACCAUGACAACUCACGUAACCCUUGAAGAUGCUCUGUCCAAUGUGGACCUCCUGGAGGAGCUGCCAUUACCAGAUCAGCAGCCAUGCAUUGAGCCACCUCCAUCAUCCAUUAUGUACCAGGCCAACUUUGAUACAAAUUUUGAAGACAGAAAUGCUUUUGUAACUGGCAUUGCUAGAUACAUUGAGCAAGCAACAGUGCAUUCUAGCAUGAAUGAGAUGUUGGAGGAAGGGCAUGAAUAUGCGGUAAUGCUUUAUACUUGGAGGAGCUGCUCCAGAGCUAUUCCCCAGGUAAAGUGUAAUGAGCAGCCAAACCGAGUAGAGAUUUAUGAGAAGACAGUGGAAGUCUUAGAGCCAGAAGUGACAAAACUCAUGAAGUUCAUGUACUUUCAGAGAAAGGCCAUUGAACGAUUCUGUAGUGAGGUCAAGCGUUUGUGCCAUGCAGAGAGAAGGAAAGACUUUGUUUCAGAAGCUUAUCUACUGACACUGGGAAAGUUUAUCAAUAUGUUUGCAGUCUUGGAUGAAUUGAAGAACAUGAAGUGCAGUGUCAAAAAUGACCAUUCUGCUUACAAAAGAGCAGCCCAGUUUUUAAGAAAAAUGGCUGAUCCUCAGUCUAUUCAGGAAUCACAGAACCUCUCUAUGUUCCUAGCAAACCAUAACAGAAUCACUCAGUGCCUGCAUCAGCAGCUGGAAGUGAUCCCUGGUUAUGAAGAACUGUUGGCUGAUAUUGUCAACAUCUGUGUGGAUUACUAUGAAAACAAGAUGUAUUUGACACCCAGUGAGAAGCAUAUGCUCUUGAAGGUGAUGGGUUUUGGUCUGUACCUGAUGGAUGGAAAUGUCAGUAAUAUUUACAAAUUAGAUGCUAAGAAGAGAAUCAACCUCAGCAAAAUUGAUAAAUUCUUCAAGCAGCUGCAGGUGGUUCCUUUAUUCGGCGAUAUGCAGAUAGAGCUGGCCAGAUACAUUAAGACCAGUGCUCACUAUGAGGAGAACAAAUCCAAAUGGACAUGUACUCAGAGCAGCAUCAGUCCACAGUAUAACAUCUGUGAACAGAUGGUACAGAUCCGAGACGAUCAUAUCCGGUUUAUCUCUGAACUUGCUCGCUACAGCAACAGUGAGGUUGUAACAGGCUCGGGAUUGGACAGUCAGAAGUCAGAUGAAGAAUAUAGGGAGCUUUUUGACCUGGCUUUACGGGGACUUCAACUUUUGUCCAAGUGGAGUGCACAUGUGAUGGAAGUGUAUUCUUGGAAGCUAGUCCAUCCGACGGAUAAAUUCUGUAACAAAGAUUGUCCAGGCACUGCUGAAGAGUAUGAGAGAGCUACAAGAUACAAUUAUACCAGUGAGGAAAAGUUUGCCUUUGUGGAGGUUAUUGCUAUGAUCAAGGGCCUGCAAGUGCUCAUGGGUCGCAUGGAGAGCGUCUUCAACCAGGCUAUCAGGAACACAAUCUAUGCUGCUCUACAGGACUUUGCUCAGGUGACCCUGAGAGAGCCCCUGAGGCAAGCGGUCAGGAAGAAGAAAAAUGUCCUCAUCAGUGUUCUUCAGGCAAUUAGAAAGACAAUCUGUGAUUGGGAGGGAGGACGUGAGCCUCCAAAUGAUCCCUGUCUGAGAGGGGAGAAAGAUCCCAAAGGUGGUUUUGAUAUUAAAGUCCCACGACGAGCAGUUGGACCUUCAAGCACACAGCUUUAUAUGGUGAGAACCAUGUUAGAAUCCCUCAUUGCAGACAAGAGUGGUUCAAAGAAGACUCUUAGAAGCAGCCUGGAUGGACCAAUAGUUCUGGCCAUUGAAGAAUUCCAUAAACAGUCCUUCUUCUUUACACAUCUUCUCAAUAUAAGUGAAGCCCUCCAACAGUGCUGUGAUUUGUCCCAACUUUGGUUCCGGGAAUUUUUUCUGGAGUUGACCAUGGGUCGCCGAAUUCAGUUCCCCAUUGAGAUGUCAAUGCCCUGGAUUCUAACUGAUCACAUCCUGGAUACCAAAGAACCCUCCAUGAUGGAGUAUGUGCUCUACCCACUGGAUCUCUACAACGAUAGCGCCUAUUAUGCUUUGACCAAGUUUAAAAAGCAAUUUCUCUAUGAUGAAAUUGAAGCAGAAGUGAACUUGUGUUUUGAUCAGUUUGUGUAUAAAUUGGCAGAUCAAAUCUUUGCUUACUAUAAAGCAAUGGCUGGCAGUGUUUUACUAGAUAAGCGCUUCCGGGCUGAAUGUAAAAAUUAUGGAGUGAUUAUUCCUUACCCACCAUCCAACCGCUAUGAAACAUUGCUCAAACAAAGACAUGUCCAGCUGCUAGGCAGGUCAAUUGACUUGAACAGACUUAUCACCCAGCGUAUCUCAGCUGCAAUGUACAAAUCACUAGAUCAGGCUAUUAGCCGCUUUGAAAGCGAAGAUCUAACAUCCAUAGUGGAACUUGAAUGGCUUUUGGAGAUCAAUCGUUUGACACAUAGACUCUUGUGCAACCACAUGACCUUGGACAGUUUUGAUGCCAUGUUCCGCGAGGCCAAUCAUAAUGUUUCAGCUCCUUAUGGGCGCAUCACAUUGCAUGUCUUCUGGGAGCUAAACUUUGACUUUCUACCUAAUUACUGCUACAAUGGUUCUACUAACAGAUUUGUGCGGACAGCAAUUCCAUUCACCCAAGAACCUCAGAGAGAUAAACCCGCCAAUGUUCAGCCAUAUUACCUUUAUGGCUCAAAGCCACUCAACAUUGCAUACAGCCACAUUUAUAGCUCUUACCGAAACUUUGUGGGACCUCCACACUUCAAGACAAUCUGCCGACUCCUUGGGUACCAAGGGAUUGCUGUUGUGAUGGAAGAAUUGUUGAAGAUUGUCAAAAGCCUGCUGCAAGGAACCAUCCUUCAGUAUGUGAAGACCUUGAUAGAGGUGAUGCCGAAGAUUUGCCGCCUGCCCAGGCAUGAGUAUGGAUCUCCAGGAAUCCUGGAGUUUUUCCAUCACCAGCUAAAGGACAUAAUUGAGUAUGCAGAACUAAAGACUGAUGUAUUCCAAAGUCUGAGGGAAGUGGGUAAUGCCAUUCUUUUCUGCCUUCUCAUAGAACAGGCCCUGUCCCAGGAAGAAGUGUGUGAUUUGCUGCAUGCUGCUCCCUUCCAAAAUAUUUUGCCCAGGGUCUACAUCAAAGAAGGAGAACGCUUGGAGGUACGCAUGAAGCGUCUCGAAGCCAAAUAUGCCCCACUUCACCUGGUUCCCUUAAUAGAGAGGCUGGGAACUCCUCAGCAAAUAGCCAUAGCCCGUGAAGGAGACCUGCUGACCAAGGAGAGAUUGUGCUGUGGGCUGUCCAUGUUUGAAGUUAUCCUGACCCGCAUUCGUAGCUACCUCCAAGAUCCCAUCUGGCGUGGACCUCCCCCAACAAACGGUGUCAUGCAUGUUGAUGAAUGUGUUGAAUUUCAUCGACUCUGGAGCGCCAUGCAAUUUGUGUAUUGCAUUCCAGUUGGAACAAAUGAAUUCACUGCUGAACAGUGCUUUGGAGAUGGCUUAAACUGGGCUGGUUGCUCAGUCAUAGUUCUUCUGGGGCAACAGCGUCGUUUUGAUCUUUUUGACUUCUGCUAUCAUCUGUUAAAAGUGCAGAGACAGGAUGGGAAGGAUGAAAUCAUAAAGAAUGUGCCACUUAAGAAAAUGGCUGACAGGAUCAGGAAGUACCAAAUUCUGAACAAUGAGAUUUUUGCCAUCCUGAACAAAUACAUGAAAUCAGUGGAAACAGACAGUUCAACAGUUGAGCAUGUUCGCUGCUUUCAGCCCCCCAUCCAUCAGUCCUUGGCCACAACAUGCUAAAUGUUCAGCCUUGGAAAUACAGUGUGAAGAUUUGUGUCUUUCCAUUGGAUAUUGGCGAGAAAGGUUGGACUUCAGCUGUUGGAAGCCGAACAGCUGCAAACACAGGUCCUGCAACAAAGCAGACAUGGAUGGAUCCAGUACACAAAGAUGCAUUUCCUAGAAGACUCGUUUGAAUGCAUGUUCUUCUAUAUCUUUCUGGCUGGCUUUACCUAUAGUGUUGAAACUGUGGUGAGAAGAAGCAGAAAGUGGUUUUUUUUUUCCUCCUGGAGUUUCCUUUAUUUUCAUGACAACCCAUAAUCAUCUGUUCAAGCACAAAAAUCUGCAGUCUUUAAAUGGUCAUUGUUUUUGAGAUUCCAGUUAAAGAAGCCCACAUUUCAAAAUGUUGCAAGUCUUCCACUUGGUGCACACUGAAACAACAAUAGUUUUCCUUGAUAACUUGGUUUUGAGAUACAAGUGCUUAAGCAUUUUGAAAUUAUGAGUUUCUCCCCCUGUAGGUGAUACAGAAAAAGCAUAUAAUUGUUUAUUUGAAAUUAACAGGUUUUUGCUAUAAUUGUUAUCUCGCCUUCUAGAAUUACUUUGCUAAGCCAAAUUUGGAAUUAGUUUGCAGUGGAAUAUUAACAAACAAAUUUUCCCAGCUUUUGCAUUGACUGACAAUGCUAUGGAGAAAACAAAGUAAUGCUUUCUUUUCAAUCUCUUUCUUGACAUGAAUACAUCUGAGCUAAUAUUUGUUUCUUACUGUUAGAAUUACAGACAGUCAUUGUCUAUAUGUGAUAUACAUUGUAAUGGCCUCAGCCCUUAGUGAAGUUAGCAGGCUACGUCUUCUUCGAAGUUUGAUUGGAAAUGGGGUUUAUAUUUUGAGCUCAGCAUCUUUUCCUCUUUGGAAUGCUUUUAAUAGAAGAAUGAGGUUGUUACAUUUCUGUAUUCUUGAAAAUGGGAAUCUAUGAAAAUUCAAAACUAUAGAUCCAUAUUUAGGAAUUAAAAGGAAAUGCUCUUAGGAAUACAUUCAACAAAAUCUUUGUUCUAAGCAACAGCUUGUCUUCCUUUAAUAUCUAUGGUUCCAAUGACAUAUGGAUUUCUCAUAGCUGAUUUAAAAAAUGAAAAAGCUUAUCGAAUGAAGGGAAGAGAUAAUUUGAGAAAACAUAUGUGCUCUUCUUCAUAAUAGAUCUCUUACUUUCUUCAUCCAGGAGAUAAAUCCAUGUAAUUUCAAUGAGAUGGUACUACACACAGUCAGGAGAAAUUAAGUCAGACACUUUCCGUAACAGAUAUGUAUAGGACGAGGUACGCCUUAAAGAGACAAGAUUGGGCAAGAAUGAUGAAAGAGAAACAGAACUAUUAAGUCAGUCAUAACUCUUAUCAGAUGAGAAGAUCUUUGUGAGUCUAAAUACGACAGUAAAAAAGAUUUUGAGGAUAAAAGCUACCCAGUUUAGCAAGUUUAAUUACCCAAGCAAAACUAGUUUAAUUGCCAAAGCUAGAGCAUGUAACAGGAAAUAAAAGGAAAAGGAGGAUCUUUUAAGACCAUAAGAGAAUAAUUCAUUUCUGAGUUCUUUUGGUAUAUUCUAAGUCAAACUCGUGGCAUCAUGAGUGGCAUCACGUGACGUAUCGCGACUUUUCCCCCUUCGCUAAACUGUGUGUGUGUGUGUGUGUGUGUGGCCAGCACAUGAUGCAUCUGGCUUGUAGACCGCGAGUUUGACAGCCCUGCUCUAAGGGAUUGUAAUUCCCCUGUAAUUCUCCAGGGUAAAAAGAGGAGUUUUAGAAUGAAGUCCUCUAACAGUUCAGAUUAAUUUCCUAUAAAGAAAAUAUAAGUUGUUCUAUUGUUGCUUAGAAUUUCAAAAUUAAUUCAAAAUAUUAAAUAUUUGGACAGUUUUCCUUGUUUGUUCAGAACUGCAAGGGUAUAGUCCAUUAAAAAGUUUCUUUAUGUAAACGAAUGAUAGCAUGCAAGACAGUAGUUGUCUUCUAUUCAUCUCUGGAGGCUUGAUCAUUAGAACAUCUUGGUAAAUUGUUGUGCUACUUGAAGGUAAUGAUCUGUGAAAUUCUUAGGGUGGAGAUGGUGGUAGAGGCGUUUCCCUGUUCUUUAGCCUGCAAAAAAUGAAGCCAGGCUCUUCCAAUGUUGGAUGUUUUUCAACAGUUCCAGACUCUUCCAUAACGGUUGGCUUUUGACCUUGUCUUGUUCAAGACUGCUGCCCUCCAGAAUUUUGCCCCCAGCCCUGAUGCCAAAGAAGGGCAGUCUAGCUAAGAUUUUGUUUUGCAUCAUUUAGAUCUUAAGAGAUUUUCAUCUGUGCUUUUUCUUCUUUAUCAUAAAUGCAUAUUUAAUUACUGUUCAUCACAAUGUACCAGGUGUAUUAAACCAGAACCUACUAAUACUGAUAAAAAUACCAAAAAGGUUAACUUAAUGUUUUCUGUUUUCAAUCUUGUAAGAACAAUAUGCCCAAAGCAGCAGCAGCAUAAGAUCAUUAGUAUGUGGCCUUCCUUAAACGCCUUCUUUCCACGGAAGAUUUACAUCUCUCUAUACGGAAGUUGAUGGAAUAUUGUUUCACAUAUCAUAUCUGUUUCCUGUGUAUAAGUUCUGAGGCAGCUAUUCAAGUGGUAAGAUAUUUCAGCUUUUUUCAUGCAACAGAAAACCAUGAUAUCAGCAAAACUAAGCCCUCUAUCCAAGAGCAUCAAAGCAAAGCAAAUUCAGAUAUACAGUUUUCUUAUUUGUACUAUUCACCUAAUCGUACAUUGUUUGCUUUUCACAUGAGCUCAACCCUCGCCAUACCAGAUUCCAGGCUGAAUAUAAGUCAACAUCUGUACAGUUAUGUGUGUGAAAACGUCUUCAGAACAAAAAGUACAUUGCAUAUGAAAAUGUCUGAUUUAGUGUAAUAUCUCAGGUGAUACUGGGCUUAUUAUUAACAUUCCAUUUAUGGGUUUGAGGUGGUAAAAUAGGGGUCUCUUGUACUGAUGGAAAAAUGAAAGGCUCAUAGAAUUAAGACUCUUUACAUAGACCACAAUGGUGAACAAAGUAGUUCAGAGGAGGGAAAUGUCCUGCUCUUUUCAAUCCCAAAUAUCUGCCAGAACAGUUCAAGUGUUUUGUGAUUUUU